AUGUCCCAAAACUCGAUCCGCAGCCGGAGUAUCAGCACUGCGAAAACUGAGAGCAAUGCGUCAAGCAUCGUCAAUAAUAGCCGUGACCAAGACGCAUCUCGAUCCCUACCCGACGAUCGUCUCGAAUCCUCAAUAUUCCUCUUGUCGCCCUCCUUCUCCAAAAGAGAGCUCCUGCUUUUGAUCAUCCCAGCAACUCUUGUCGCCCUUGUAGCGGCGGCGAUUCCUCCUCUCAUGACCACCGUCAUUGGCGACCUCUACCGGGUAUUUGCAACCUACCAGGCAAUCCCGGUCCCGAGCCCAAGUGAUACGAGCCGCUUGAUGGGUGGUGUUAUAAAAGCUACCGUCAAGCUAUGUAUCAUGAGUGGCGUGGCGCUCCUCCUAAGCGGGCUAAUGGGUUCGCUUUGGUCCUGGCUCGGGGAGAAGAACCUAAUGUACCUACGCAAAUGUGUCUAUAAUAUUCUUCUAUCACGGGAGAUGGCAUGGUUCGAGACGAAGUCGAGUCAGAGCAAGCCAGAUGAACCCUCGAUUGGUGCUGGAAGUCUCGUGACUAUCUUCUCAUCUUGCACCGAGGAUAUACGCGCGGCAACAGGGAUGAAUAUGGGCUUGUGCAUCCAACACUCCGUGACCAUUAUUAUAGCGGUGAUCAUGGCGUUUCGCUGCGCACCUUCACUCGCCGCAGUCACCCUCAGCACCGUCCCAGUGGUCAUCGUCUUAUUCCAUAUAGGCGAGAUGGUAUCUAUUCCCCUCCAAAAACUGGAGCGCGCCCGAAGCUCAAAAGUAUCCAACAUCAUAGAAUGUGCUAUCAAGGCGAUAGUGACCAUCAAAUGCUUCAACGCCCAAACCCUGGAGACUUCCCGUGCCGUCUUCGCCCUAGAUUCAGCACUAUCCGCCAGCAAGCGACUCUCCAGCUGGUGGGCGGGCAUAUUGGGAUUCAGCCAGUUUCUCAAUCUCUCCAUUUUUGUUCAAGGAUUCUGGUUCGGCACCAUGCAAGUCACGGCUGGCAAGCUCACCGCAGCGGAGGUCCUUGCGGUGUUCUGGGCAUGUCUUAUUGCCACGACGACGUUACCUCACUUAUCCAAGUGUAUCUCUGUCCACAUGCGGGCGAGAGUAUCCAUGGAUGACCUGGUCAAGCUCGUCAACCGGACAUCCACCAGCCCAGAUCUAAACACGACAGGCAAUUCAUCGCCUCAGUCAAGCGUCCAAGAGAAACAUACUGGAUUAAACGGUGCAUCUACUUCUUCUCGGCCAGUUCUGCAGACGAUAGCUCUCCCUUCCUCAUUCUCCGGCGCGUUCAAGUUCACGAACGUUACCUUUCACUACCCAAGCAGACCCGACAUCCCUGUUCUUUCCAACGUGUCGCUCUCCAUCAUACCAGGAGAGAUGACUUUUAUUGUUGGUAGAUCUGGGUCCGGAAAGUCGACAGUCGCCCAUCUUCUUUUACGCCUAUACGAGCCUCAGCAAGGAUCAAUCGAGAUGGGCAACAUGUCGUAUAGGCACCUCGACGAACACUGGACACGCUCCCAUAUUGGCAUCGUUAGCCAGCAUUGCAUUCUGUUCGAUGGGAGUAUUCACGAUAAUAUUGCGCUUGGAGUUGCUGGUGGAAGUCAUGGCCGUCGGCCAGAAGAGGUCACUCGAGACGAGGUCAUCGCCGCUUGUAAACUCGCAGCAAUACACGAGUUCAUUGAUGGCCUUGCAGACGGAUACGAUACAUUGCUUGGCAAUGAAGGAACUGCUCUUUCUGGGGGUCAAAAGCAAAGAUUAUGCAUUGCUCGUGCGCAUGUACGAGAUCCAGAAGUACUUAUCCUUGACGAGGCCACGUCUGCUCUAGACGCCACCUCUCGUCUUCUUGUCUUCUCACAGAUUAGAAGAUGGCGCCAGAACAAGACUACGAUUGUCAUCACACAUUAUCUCUCCCAAAUAAACCCAGAUGAUUAUGUUCAUGUGUUGAGAGAUGGUAUACUCGUGGAACAUGGACGCCGAAUAGACCUAGAAUCACAAAUGGAUGGAGGGUUUCAUCAAACAUUGCGUGUGCAGAACUCACGGGCCGAAAUCACUUCAAGUAAUGACAAAUCUACUGACCGAAACCCUUCCGCAUCACCUGCACGAGAAAGCAACAAAGGAGAAAGUCGAAGACGAGACGACAGCGUCCCAGAACCAAUGCCGAGAAAUACAUCGUUCUACCCCCUACUCUCUACCUACUGGCCGACUCUCCCUAGUAAACCACUCUAUAUCCUUGGUCUAGUCACCUCCAUUUUGUCCGGAGUAUGCAUUCCCGCAUUCGGCUUUGUCCUUUCCCGUCUAGUGACCCUUACGACCUCGCACAACGACUCUCAUACCGUGUCAUCAGCGAAUGAAUACGGUCUGUACGUCCUAUCCUUAGCAAUUCUGCAUGGUAUCCUCUUUGGAGUCAAAGAGCUAACGAUCGCGUGGACUACCAAAACUUGGAAGCGAGACGUUCGAGCGCGUGCGUUUGAAGGGAUCAUGAAGCAAGAUAUGGCGUGGUUUGACCUACCCUGUAACUCUGCGUUUCGCUUGUUGCAGGUUAUCACACAGGAUGUUGAUGACGGGUGUUUGCUCUUCGCCCUCGUCAUUCCACAAUGUACCACGGCCGUCACGAUGGUCAGCACCGGCCUCAUCUGGGCUAUGGUUGUCGGAUGGCAGCUGACGCUCCUCGGCAUUACUCUCGCCUUGGCUUAUCUUGGGCUGAGCGCGUUCCAUAAUCGACUUUCUGCGGGAAUCGUCAAGGCGAAGAAGGAAGCGCGUGAAGAAGUAAGCAAGGAUUACUACGACAUGGUCCUCAAUAUUCGAGCUAUCCGCUCCAUGAGCCUUGAAUCCAUCUUUCGUGCCAAGUUUCUUCAGAGCGUCGAAAACGCAAAGAGUGCGGGGACGAACAGUGCCUUUUUCGAAGGACUGGGCUGCGCCAUUGUCAAUACGCUCACUUUCCUUACACAAGGUCUAUUCUAUUACGUCGGUGCACGCUUUAUGACGAUGGGAUUCUACACCUUCGAGCACAUGGUCGAGGUUCUCAACUUGGUGGCUUUCUCUUUGAUUAUCGCAGCCCAGAUGAUGCAGUUCACAUCACGGUUUAGUGAGUCGCUUCAAGCACUCCGAAGUUUCAAGCCACUUCUCGAGCUCAAGCACUCUGAUUCCCACGAAUCCCAAGGAUCUGACCAUUGGCACAUCCAGGGUCCGAUCCAGUUUCACAACGUGUCAUUUGCCUAUCCCUUGCGACCAAACGUUCAAGUCGUCAAUCAACUUUCCUUCACAAUCAACCCAACGGAAUGUGUUGCCAUCGUUGGUGCUUCUGGCAGCGGCAAAUCUACCAUCGCCGCACUUUUGGAGCGCUUGUACGAGCCCACCUCUGGCUUCAUUAGCAUCAACGGUCGAUCGAUCCAGUAUGCCGACCUUGCGUGGCUUCGCAAUCAAAUGACCAUUGUCACCCAGCAGCCACACCUCUUUGACGCGCCAAUCCACGAAAACAUUGGGUACGAUGGCUCGCACGUUUACCCUCGCAAGGAGGUUAAGUGGGCCGCUAAAGAAGCAAACAUACACGAGUUUGUCAUGUCGCUUCCUGAUGGCUAUGACACUAUUGUCGGAGAGAAUGCGGGGGCAAUCUCUGGUGGCCAAGCCCAACGAAUUGCCUUUUCCCGCGCAAUCUUGCGCAAAACUGGUAUUCUCAUUCUUGACGAGUGUACAUCCGCACUUGACGCUCAUAAUCAGCGGAAAGUGAUGGAGGCGCUUCGCAAGGCAAAUGACGCACGUACCACGAUUAUGAUCACGCACGACCUCUCGACGAUUCGAAUGGCAGAUCGUAUCAUUGUACUCAAAGACGGAUAUGUUGCCGAGGAAGGUACUUACGAGCAGCUGGUGGAGAAACAAGGCGCAUUCUACAAGUUAAUUUCCGUGGGCGACUGGCAGGCACCGAAUGACUCAACAAGCCUCGCGGAAGUGACGUCCAUCAGAUCUCUCGCUGUUGAGAGCGAAGGGGCGACUCGAUUUGUCUAUGUUCACAUAGUCAUAUUCGUGUGGUUGGCUCAGACUUGA